AUGCCAGCGUCCUACUAUGACGCCCGCGCUCUCGCGCUUCCGCUAGAUGACGAGGAAACAGGCAACGAGCGGCCAACAUGGAGCCGACGGUCGCUAUCAUCUACGUUUCGGCGCAAUGCCUCGCAUUCCAGCCAGCAAACCACAUGGCGGCAGCGCGCAAUGGAUAAUUACGACAAGCUCAAUCGGCGCGUGUUCGACCAAUACAAUAAACUCUCUCCCGUCCAGAAAGUGCUGUUCUUCGUCGGCAGCGUGGUGUUGGCAGUAGGCGGCAUACUCUUCUUGGUGUACAGUGAACGGUUAUUCGGCAUGCUGUUACCAAUUGCGAAGAAGUGGAGGGAUAUUACAGCCGGGUGGUUAAUACUCUGGGCUUUGAUCUUUUUGGUUUCCUUCCCGCCGUUGAUCGGAUACUCGAGUUUACUCACCAUUGCCGGCUUUGUCUAUGGCUUUCCCAACGGAUGGUUCAUAGCCGCCAGCGCCACCAUCGCCGGAAGCACAGCGUCGUUCCUCCUCUCCCGCACGCUCCUCAAAACCAUGGUCCACCGCCUCGUAGCAAACGACACACGAUUCGCCGCCCUCUCCCUAACCCUCAAGCACGAUGGCCUCAAACUACUCGUCAUGUACCGCCUCUGCCCCCUCCCAUACUCCAUCUCCAACGGCGCCGUAGCCACCUUCCCGACUGUGCACUGGGCCUCGUACGCCCUCGCCACCGCAAUCGUCUUCCCAAAACUCAUGCUCCACAUCUUCAUCGGCAGCCAGCUCGAGAAAAUCGCCGAAAGCGGCGGCAAAAUGGAUCCCCGCACAAAAGCCUUGUCUUACCUGUCCAUCAUCAUCGGUCUCAUCGCAGGCAUCACAACAGGCUGGCUCGUCUACCGUAAAACCAAGGCCCGCGCUGCACAACUCGAGGCUGAAGAGCGCGCUGGUAUCCGCCGCGUAAGCAUCGAGGGGCUGGAAAAUGAAUACGCGGAUGACCCGGCCGCGCUGGAAGCCGCCGCUCGCUUACGCGAAGACGACGAUGACAUUAGCUUACGAACGACGUGGGAUGACGAGUACCACGAUGAACCACCCGAGACGGGCGAUGCCGUGGAAAUUGGCGACGACCCGUUCAAGGACGGGGAUGUAAGCGGGGGUGAGGAACAAGGCCGCGGUAAGGGAAAUGAAUAA